AUGAGACAUAAGGAAGAUAGUAGAAGAAUGGAAGAAGGAGAGAGCAAGCUAGAAGUGGGAAAAAAGGAAGAAAAAACGGACUUGAGGGGGCAGAGACAGAACGAGCUAGAAGAAAUGAGAGGGGGCAGAAAAGAUGAAAAGGAAACAGAGAAUGUGAAAAGUAGAAAGAGGGUAAAAAAAGAAAAGAAAAAGUCAGAAAACAAGUUACACGACAGAAGGAGAGAAAACAAGCUGGAAGUGGCAGUGAAAAAAGACAGGCUAGAGGGGAGUGGAGAGAGAGGGAAUGCAAAAUGGAAUAGAAGGAGGAAUGAAGAAAUAAAAGGGAUGAGAAGAGUAAAAAUUCUAGAAGAUAUAAACAAUAAGGAAGAAAGACAACAGGUUUGGGGCAAAGUUAUUGAACUGGCUAUAGGAGAGGAGAAAAAAGACAAAAUUAAGAGAAAAGGAACGAAAAGGAAGAGAAAAACGGAAGGGAAAAAGGAAAUGGGAAAAAGAGAGCGAGGGAGUGGAAUCGAAGAAAUAGAAAAAGAAUGGAAAAGUGGGGAGAGAGAGAGGGAGAGAACAUGA